CAUACUCGGUGCUUCUAACAUUCCAGCCGACACAAACACCAAUACAAAACGAGUAGGUGGAUUAUAAAAUUUGAGUGGCACAGUAACCACACUCUAUGGAUAAUGCAACCUUCUUUCUAGUGCUACCAUUCCUCUUAACGUUCAUCUAUGUUUUCACCACCUCCAGCCGCCGUAACCCCCGGCUUCCGCCGGGGCCGUACCCGUUUCCGAUCAUCGGAAACUUGUUGUUACUCACCAACAAGCCCCACCGCUCUCUUGCGGCCCUCUCUGAACGUUACGGCCCUUUGAUGUCGCUUAAGCUCGGAAGUAGAACAACAAUAGUGGUUUCAUCACCCGACAUUGCCCAAGAAUUCUUUCAAAAACAUGAUCAAUCGUUCUCCAGCCGAUCGAUCCCCGAAACGGCCCGAGUUAUGGACCACCAUAAAUACUCCGUGGCUUGGCUACCGGCUGGGGAUGAGUGGCGAAAACUACGAAGAAUUACUAAAGAAUGCUUGUUCUCUGGGCAGUGUUUAGAUGGUAGCCAACAACUACGUAGGCAAAAGGUACAAGAACUUGUUGACCAUGUUAGCCGAUGUUGUACGGAAGAAAAAGUUGUGAACGUAGGUGAAGUUGCAUUUACCACAAAUCUGAACAUUUUAUCAAAUUUGUUGUUCUCUAAGGAUUUCUCUCAAUAUGAUUCUUUGUCAUCACAAGAAAUCAAGGACGUAAUAGGGGGUGUGAUGGAAGUUCGUGCGAAGCCGAAUCUUGUAGACUUUUUCCCGAUACUAAGGCCCCUCGAUCCACAAGGGUUAGCAUCACAAGGCAGUGUUUAUGCUAACAAGUUAUUCGCUAUUUUUGAUAGCAUCAUUGAUCAGAGAUUGCAAACAAGAGGGGGGAUUUCAUCAUCGUACGACAAUGAUUCUUCCACACAAAGCGACGUUUUGGACUUGUUGCUCAAUAUCAACUUCAAAGAUGAAUCCGAGUUUAGUAUAAAUGACAUGAAGCAUUUGUUCUCGGAUUUGUUUGCUGCGGGAACUGAUACGGUAUCAACCACAUUGGAAUGGGCGUUGACUGAGCUCAUUCGCAACCCAAAGGAAAUGGAGAGGGCUCGGUUAGAGCUUACUAAAAGCUUGCAAAAUAACGACAAAAUUUUACAGGAACGUGAUAUUCCUCAACUCCCUUACCUACAAGCGGUUAUCAAAGAAACUCUAAGACUACAUCCUCCAACCCCUUUUCUUAUCCCUCACGAAGCCACACAUGACGUAGAAGUCGAAGGCUUCAUAAUCCCUAAAAACGCACGGAUCCUUUGUAAUGUUUGGGCGAUUGGGCGAGACCCAAACAUCUGGCCCAACACAAAUGAGUUCAUGCCAGAGAGGUUUUUGGACAGUGAAAUUGACUACCGAGGUCAAGAUUUCAAGCUCAUACCAUUUGGUGCGGGGAGGAGGCUUUGUCCGGGGUUGAAUAUUGCUCAUAGAAUGUUACACAUAAUGCUGGGUUCUUUGAUUUACAACUUUGAUUGGAAGCUCCAAGGAAACAUGAGACCACAAGACUUAGAUAUGGAAGACAAAUUUGGGCUCACUUUGCCAAGAAAUGUACCACUUAUGGCCAUUCCAGUUAAAGUUAACUAUGCCCAUCUUUAAAAUCGAUGUACUUGCUAUUCGAUUUUAAAGAUUUGUGUGUGCGAUUUAUCUUUAAAUAAAAACCCUUCAAUAUGUUUCCUUUGGCCUUUUUAAAUCAAUCUAACUAUUUAUCAUCACAACAUUGUUAGUUGUAUGAAAGUUAAUUUAUUAAGUUACUAGUUAUAUAUUUUCAUGUA